CCUUAUAACACGCAAAAUCAUGCAUUUCGUGAGAAAUUAUAUGCGCGAGAAAUAUACUGGGCGAAUUGUCUGUAGGGCGAAUUUAAUCUGACCAAGAUUUUGGCCGAUUCGAAUUGCAUGCACACUCAUGAUCAUGGUCAUAUGAGUUGCUGAGUACUGCUAGCUGUUUAGACUAGUUGUGUUGUUGUGCUGAUUGCUAGCUUAGUUUUGGUUACUGAGAGUUGAAGAGAGAGUUGCAGAAAAUUUGAUAGAUCUACUCUUACUGUUGGACAGUUACUGAGAGAGAAGCAAGGAGGCAGAGGUAAAUUCAGCUCUUACUGUUGGACAGUUAGUGAGAGGGAAGCAGGGAGGAAGAGGUGAAUAGAGCUCUUAUUGUUGAACAUUUACUGAGAGAGAAGCAAGGAGGCAGAGGUGAAUAGAGCUCUUACUCUUGGACAGUUAUUUAGAGAGAAGCAAGGAGGCAGAGGUAAAUAGAGUUGUUACUGUUGGACAGUUAUUGAGAGACGAGCAAGGAGGAAGAGGUGAAUAGAGCUCUUGCUGUUGGACAGUUACUGACACAGAAGCAAGGAGGCAGAGGUGAAUAGAACUCUUACUGUUGGACAGUUAAUGAGAGAGAAGCAAGGAGGCAGAGGUAAAUAGAACUCUUAUUGUUGGACAGUUACUGACACAGAAGCAAGGAGGCAGAGGUAAAUAGAACUCUUACUGUUGGACAGUUAAUGAGAGAGAAGCAAGGAGGCAGAGGUAAAUAGAGUUGUUACUGUUGGACAGUUAUUGAGAGACAAGCAAGGAGGAAGAGGUGAAUAGAGCUGUUACUGUUGGACAGUUACUGAGACAGAAGCAAGGAGGCAGAGAUAUGAGCCUCUCAUGUCAGCAGAUGAUGAUGAUGACAAUGACGAUGAGAACAUGGAGAUCUUCAAACAGACAAGACGAGUAAGGACAUCAAAGAAGAGAUUCUGAUCAACGCUCUAACCAAAGAACUUGCAACAUUCUGGAAAAGAUGCAGGAUUUGAGACGAUACAGAGUCUACGCAGGAGGUAAAAGAGGAAGAGGUCGAAAAAGGAACAUGAAAGGUCAGUCUUCCAAAGCCGGGAAAAAAGGCACUGAUGGAAAUCACUCUUGUGAUAAAUCAGAGAUUAGAUUUGACAAAGAUGAAGGAAUAGAAUUAGCAGUAAAGAAUGAGAAGCUGGAUACAAAGAAAUCUAUGAAUGCAAGUGACCAAGGACUUGAUACAAAUACAUGUAAAAAUGAUGAACACUCAGACCAGCAUAUUUGCAAUAUGAAAGACAACAAAGGUUCAGAUGGAGUUGUGCAGGACGAUUCAAAGAAUAAUCUGUUGAAAUCAAAUUUUGAUGAAAAUAGGGAAAUUGAAACGGACGAUGAUAGUGGCAGUGAUGUUCAUAUACCAGUGAAACGUUCGUGUGCAAGAAAUUGUAUAGAAUCUGAUAGUGAUACAGACACAAGUCCUGGAUGUGAUUUAUUCGAUAGAAGUGUUUUACCAGAACGCAAUAUGCCUUUGAAUGUUUGUGAUAGACCAAAAGAUAUGCCCAGAAAUGAACCAGUAGACAAUGUCUGUGAAUCGGUAUUGGAAAAUGAUGAUAUGAUGAAAAAUGAUAUUUCAUAUGUUUCAGAUGAAGAAGAUGCAGUGUUUGACAAUGACCUGAAGAAUAGAAGCUUUGAUACAGUAAAAGAUGGUACAGACAAUGAUACUGAUAUGUCAUUUAAUGAUCAUGCUCAUUCAAGGAAUCCUUUAGAAUCUUCUUCAGAUUCAAAUAUCAAAGAUGAAGACAUUGAAAAGGCAAUAGAUGCUAAUAUGUACACAUGUACUGAUGAAACAGAAACAGAAGUUGAAUUUGUAGCAGAUCUUGGAUUACGUGAUAGACCAGAUAAAGAUUUCAAAUUUGUACCCCUCCAGAAUAAUGACAAACAGAACAUUUGUUCAAAACUGAAUAUCAGAUAUAUAGGCAAAGGCUGUGAUUCAAGGUUAGAUAGAAAUAGCUGUAUUGGAGUUCCUUUACAGAGUAAAGAAAUUACUGGUGAUGGCAAUUGUUUCUUUCGUGCAAUUUCCUAUGUAAUUUCUGGAACUGAGCGUAAUCAUGCAAUUUUAAGAAAUGCCACUGUGAAACAUUUAUUGCAAACCAAGGACAUGUUUAGUAAUACAUUGAGGCAAGAAUAUAGAACAGUCAGAGAAUAUGUUUUGAAACGUAGAAUAAAGGAAGACGGAACGUGGGCUACAGACACUGAAAUUAGCGCUUUAGCAAAUUUAAUCAAUACUGAUAUUUAUUCAUACAAUGACCAAGUACCAUGUUGGCAAUUGUUCUCUGCAAAGAAACCUGGAAGAAUAAAUAUUGUAACAUCUGAUAAGGGAAUUUAUAUACUGUACACAGGAAAUGUUCAUUUUAAUGUUGUUGAAUCUGUAGAUUUUGUCAAUUUCAAUUCAUUAGAACAGACAAGAACAACUAAAGAAGAUAGAACGUCAAAGAGAACUUUGCUAUGUCCAUCAAUUCAGGCUGAUGUUAAAGUAAAGCAUGUGUUCAAGAAGUGUAGAUCCAAGUGUCAGAUAGAGGAAGAAAUUGAUGAAGUAGUGGAUAAGUCUCCUGAAACAUUUCAAUACCAUGUUGAUCCAAAGGGAAACAAACGUAGGCUCACGUUGGAAACUGGUACGAUAAAUCACGAUGAGAGAAAAGGUACUGCAAAUCUUUUUGACAUGACAUAUGAACAGUGUGCAAGUAAUCAGUCUGAAUCAGUCGUUCACAACGAACGUAACACCAAGGAUGAAACCCUUAAAAGUGAUCACAAAGACAAAUGCACGAGAGUCGAUACACAAAUAACGCUUGUUGCCCAAGGGACAUUCAAUCAAGGUGAUACAAGAUUUGGUGACUUAAGUGGAAAGCAGUGUGUUACCAAUUCACUAUCUGCACUGUUGUAUAGCAAGGUAAAAAAUGCCAAUGAUUGGAAAAGUACAGAUCUAGACAGGAUUUUGAAUAACGGUAAUGAAUUAUACUGUUACAUACGGCGAUCCACUUCACUUGACAACCAGUACUUAUUGAUAUCUGAUCUAUACGAAUAUUUGGAUGCGUACAAUGAAUUGUUUAACAUAGUAUGCCGUGAACCAGUCACUGGAUUGUUAGAUGGAGAUGAAUUGAUAUUGGCCCAGUCUCUUUCAAUGACAUUGAAGCAAGCACUUGAAAAAGAACUCUGUACUGAUUCUGAUGCAUGUUUUGUGACAUUUGCUAGAAGUACUUUCAUUGUAUUAUCUGGUCAAGAUGGUUUUUUUAUAUUUGAUUCACAUUCCAGAAGCAGUCGAGGUUUCCUGAUUUGUAACGGACACAGUGUUGUACUUCGUACUCAAAGCUGGCAAGGUGUGUACAAGCAUUGCAUGAGAUAACUUCUUCAAUAGACUGCAAAGCGCAACGUUGCAAAGCUCACUUCUACAACCCUAGUCACCAAUGACAGUGCACCACCAUAUUCCUUUGCUCACCAGUUGAAACAAACUACCGCCCUCGAGUCAGAAGGCUGUCCUCAUCGUCCAACACACAACGGUAACAUCACCCCAGGACUUCAGCCCUCCGGUGAUACCUGGUUCAGCGAAGACUAGGCCUUGGGGAGUGUUUACGGCUCUGUCACCAAAACAGCAUUGUGGCAGAAGUAUGCAACACCAGCAUAUACAUGUAAUGUAUCGGGACCUUUACAGGAUAACUUCUUCAGAUGACUGCAAAGCGCAACGUUGCAAAGCUCAUUUCUACAACCCUAGUCACCAAUGACAGUGCACUACCAUAUCCCUUUGCUCACCAGUUGAAACAAACUACCGCCCUCGAGUUAGCCUAUCCGAUAUGCGUCAGGCUUUACAAGUAAUCUAAUCGCGUUUAUAUGGAGAGUAACAUUGGCACGGUCAGCCCGAGCGCCUAUCAUCACUGGUACACGCGAAAAGUUUUAUUUUCUUUUAUGUACCUUGUUUUGUUCGUAGAAAAUCUACGAACCCCCUGCAAGGCUCUUUCAUGAAUAUUUGUGUGGCAAGGACAAAAAUAGGCCAAUGAGCGAUGAGGAACGCGGAGAUGAUAUUUGAUUGGUUGAAUCAAAGUGAUCGGUCACCAAAUAAGGCUAGUCUUAUGAAUCAUGCAUGAGAAUACGCUCGUCACACAUACGAUACACAUAUAUGAAUAAUGAUGAGUUGACCAGUGAUGAUAGGCGCUCGGGCUAACGCCCGCGCCGAUGUCAGUCUCCCAAACGCGAUUAGUACACUUGCCAUUUUGCCUGACGCCUAUCGGAUAGGCUACCCUCGAGUCAGAAGGCUGUCUUCAUCGUCCAACACACAGCGGUAACAUCACCCCAGGACUUCAGCCCUCCGGUGAUACCUGGUUCAGCGAAGACUAGGCCUUGGGGAGUGUUUACGGCUCUGUCACCAAAACAGCAUUGUGGCAGAAGUAUGCAACACCAGCAUAUACAUGUAAUGUAUCGGGACCUUCACAGGUUAACUUCUUCAGAUGACUGCAAAGCGCAACAUUGCAAAGCUAACUUCUACAACCCUAGUCACCAAUGACAGUGCACCACCAUAUCCCUUUGCUCACCAGUUCAAACAAACUACCGCCCUCGAGUCAGAAGGCUGUCCUCAUCGUCCAACACACAGCGGUAACAUCACCCCAGGACUUCAGCCCUCCGGUGAUACCUGGUUCAGCAAAGACUAGGCCUUUGGGGGGUGUUUACGGCUCUGUCAUCAUAACAACAUUGUGGCAGAAGUAUGGAACACCAGCAUAUACAGGAUAACUUCUUCAGAUGACGGCAAAGCGCAACGUUGCAAAGCUCACUUCUACAACCCUAGUCACCAAUGACAGUGCACCACCAUAUCCCUUUGCUCACCAGUUCAAACAAACUACCGCCCUCGAGUCAGAAGGCUGUCCUCAUCGUCCAACACACAACGGUAACAUCACCCCAGGACUUCAGCCCUCCGGUGAUACCUCGUUCAGCGAAGACUAGGCCUUGGGGAGUGUUUACGGCUCUGUCAUAACAGCAUUGUGGCAGAAGUAGCCUCGAUCUCGACCAAGACAUUUUGAAUGCCACUCUGUAUGGCUCGGCAUACUUUUUUUUUUUUAUUCAUACUAACGUGUGUUCAUGUCCAUUUUUCCACCUCUGACUUACAGUUAUUUUCUGAUACCAUGUUUCUGUGUGAUUUUAGUCUUAUUUUUACUGGUAUGACAAUGUAAACAUAUACUUUUGUUCCACACAAGAUAUUUUGGGAUUUUGUGUGCACUUCCAUGUAACUACAUGUAUUUUUAUACCAUAGUUUUUGUUUCUGAUUGUUCAAUUCCUUUUACGCUCUCAUUCCUUUAUAGUUGUAUCUUAUUUGAGACAGAGGAAGAGAUAGGGUGAAUAGUAGAGAGAGAGAGAGAGAGGGGGGGGGGGGGAUGCAGAAACAAAGCGCCAUUCAUGAUGUAUUUUAUUACAUUUGUGUUUUAACUUUGCACAUACAUUGCAAGAUUUUGGGAAUUUAACACGUUUAUUUUUCUGUAAGUUUGUAAAUCCUUGUAUUCACACAGUGUUUUGAGUGAUAUAUUGUAAAGAUAGAUCUUAUGCAUGCUCCUUGGGGAAAAGAAGUUAUACAUGCAUGUCACUUAUCUUAUCUUGGCAUUACCAUAAUUCUUAUAUUGGUUGAUGUUGCUGAUAUAUGAAACAGAAUCUGAUGGAUAUCAUUGAUAACAGUUACUGUUUGUCUUCUUUUUAACAUCAGGAUAACAGAUCUUAUUAGUACAGCGAAAGACAAUGCACUGUAAUUUGUUAUAUUGUCAUAUAUUACACGAUUAUGAUUUUCAAUGGCACAUGUUUGUACACUACAAUUUUAUGUCUUUAGAGGUCACAUAUCCAGUUUGUUUCGUGAAUAGUCAAUAUUGGAUUAUGAUUAUAAUGUCAGUUUGUUUGCAACAUUUACCCCAUAUAUAGUGGUACCUUACGAUCAACUGUCAAUAUCUACUGCAUUCACUAUACAUAGCAGUGUCUUGCUUGCUGUAACAAAGAGGUAUAUAGGGCUGUUAGGGAUUAUCCAUAAUGUACAUUGUUUUUUAGUUUUAUUGUUAUUGUGUUUAUCUGAACUUAUAUCUCACUUGCUAUGUAGGGGGCCUUUCAUAUAAUCAGUAGGUAUCUUGUUUAUGUACCUGUUUUAUAUAUGUAUUCCAUUUCUGUUAAAUAUAUAUACAUGUUAAAAUACCCUUUUCAGAGAUUUCUACAAUGCUGCUCUUUUCAGUAUGUGCUUUUAUUUUAGUAUAUCAAAUUUAAUUGGAUAUGCUGUUUUUAAAAUCUAUUUCUUUUAAAAUGUGUUUGAAGAUGAUAGGUGAUUACCAUUUGUAAUAUUGCAUUGCGGUUCUUUUUUAGAUCGCCAAGGAAAUAGCGUGAUGUUAAGUUUGUGCAGAAUGUCAUUUACAUGCAUGUAGAUAGGUCUAUGCAAUUUAGCUUUGACUUUGGUUUGAUAAGCUUUGUUUAGUGCUUUGAACAUGAUUUUAACAAUGAAUAGACCUGUUUACUAAUGU